CUCGAACGCGAGAAGUUCAUCGUUGGUGGCAGGUAUCUGCUCCACGCCUGCAUCAAGGUUGGCGAAAUAAAUCUUCGAGUCGCUACUUUCAAAGCGGACCAAGCUGGUGAAAGGAGCCAUGGUCGAAACUGCUUGAGAUGCAGGACACGCUUCAUCCCGGUCAUGUCUCACUCUUAUAGUACGUAGGAAGCUCGUGCCACUGGUUCCUGAGUUUGUGUGAUAGAGUAAGCUACUGGCCGAGUCUCUCCGCGGCGUAACUCGGCGUAACUGUUGGACAGGCGCAACGACUUCACGAGUUCCUCCGAGGCGCAAUGCAACACUUCUGCGCGUCAUAACAUACCGCGACGGCGCAAUUAAACAAGAUUGUCGUUCCAUCUAUCUAUAAUUGCGCCGACUUGAGCAGUAUAAAAAGAUGUGGCACCUUCUCACGUUCCCAGAAUUAUCAACGAUUCCAACGCCAGUAAUCCAACUACCAUCAUCACUGAACUUUCGCCAUGCCUGCUCUGCCGAUUCCAGAUGUCAAGAACGACCCAUCAAAGGUCCAACUGGCGAGGUUGGGCUUCUUCAUUUUCGAGCAUCCCAAGCUGGCCGACUUUGAACGCUUUGCGGAGGACUUUGGCUUCAUUGAGGCAGAACGUACAGACAACACCAUCUGCUAUCGCGGAUACGGUCGGGACCCUGUCGUAUACGUAGCUGUACAAAGUCCGGACGGCAGACCUCGCUUUCGUGGGCCAGCUUUCGUUGCGAAAGAUGCAGAUGAGUUCGAGAAGGCUGCUCGAUUGCCGGGUGCAUCUCCGGUCAAGCAGCUGGACACGCCUGGUGGCGGCAGGAUGGUGACGUUCGAGCGGGGGGACGACACCUGGUUUCACGUCGUCCACGGCCAGCAGGAGAGGGUUGUGGACGGGAAGCAGCCACCCACUGCCACCCACGAGACACUGGAGCCGUUUAACGGUCCCUUCGAGAAGCCACGAAGAGGUCGUUUCCAGCGGUACCAUGACGGCCCGGCAUUAGUCCAUAAGGCUGGCCACUUCGGCUACGUGUGCCGUCCGUUCGAAGAAGAGCUGAGCUUCUACACCAGCAACUUCAACUUCGUUCAUACCGACGUGCUUUUCCACGACAAGUUCACAGACAUGGACGUGAUGACCUUCAUGCAUCUCGAUCUAGGUCCAGAGUACAGCGAUCACCACAUUAUGUUCUUGCAAAGGGCUAUCCCGGAAGUGAAGAAGACUUAUGUGCAUCACACGAGCUAUGAGGUCGCCGAUUUCGAUACGCAGCUUCUAGGCCACGAACACCUAGCGAAGAACGGCCACCGGAGUGUCUGGGGUGUUGGUCGACAUAUUCUUGGGUCCCAAAUUUUCGGUUCGAGAAUCCUCCAUCGGUCGAAAGCGGCGACUUGCUGAUAUCAUUCUUAUCAGAUUACUGGGCUGAUCCAUCAGGGUGGAAGAUUGAGCACUACGCGGAUGGUGACGUGGUCAACCAAGAGCAUAAGACUGGAAGAGAAGUCGUCGGAC